AUAGUACACAACAUUUUUGGAAGAUACCUCAACGACUCAACCACAAUAACACUUCACAAAUAGAAUUUUUAACUCAGAAGGAAAAAUGAAGGGUGGAUAUCUAUUAGCGGUCAUUUCGAUUGUCCUCCAAUUUCGCGUGGGUUUCGGAUUAUCUAACUACAAAUUUCCUGAUCAUUUCAAAUUUGGGGCGGCUACGGCAGCCUACCCGAUCGAAGGUGCUUGGAAUAUAGAUGGAAAAGGACCCAGUUUUUGGGACAAUAUCACUCACGCAUUUCCAAAUGUCGUGGCCGAUGGAACAAAUGGAGAUGUAGCGUGCGAUUCCUAUCACCGAUACACUGAGGAUAUCCCUCUGUUUGCCAAUAUCGGAAUUGAUUUUUACAAAUUUAGCAUUUCUUGGCCAAGGAUUCUCCCCAAGGGUACAUUUUAUGAUUUUAUUUCAAUUUCCACUAGCUCAAUUUACAGGUACCAUCGAUUUUUUCCAGGAAAAGUGGGUAUGGCAUUCAGUUUGAACUGGUAUCUUCCAGCAACAAAUUCUCGAGCCGACAAAAAGGCUGCUGAGAGAGCUAGAGCAUUUGUGUUUGAAUGGUUUGCACAUCCGAUAAUAAAAGGAAACUACCCUCGAGUACUCAUCGACCAAGUUGGUAAAUUAAGUCGACAAGAAGGAGAAAGUGUCUCGAGAUUGCCUCAGUUUACUCGUUCGGAAAUCUCAAACAUUAAAGGAACUUACGAUUUCGUUGGAAUUAAUGCAUUCAAAACGUUUUUUGUAAGUGAUCUCAGUCACUUAAAUCUAUCUCCCAGUUUUCGGAACGAUGUGAGAGUGAAGGAAUUCACAAAUUCGUCUCUCGACACGUCUUCGGCUGAUAUUUCUUCACCAACAACAUUUAGAGAUUCCAUAGUUUACGCUAGCGACUACUGCAACGGCUGCGAAACCAUCUUGACGGAACACGGAUUUAAUGCAAGGACUGAGACUUUAAAUGAUAGGGCUCGUAUUAAUUUUAUGAAGACUUACAUGGACGAGGUUUUGAUCGCAAUUUAUGAAGACAAAGUCAAUGUCACCGCCUAUACCGUGUGGUCUGCUAUGGAUUUCGUUAAUUUCCAGUUUGGCCUAACAUCAAAGCUUGGAUUAAUUCACGUCGAUUUUUCCUCGUGCAAUCUUACAAGAACCCCUAAACUAUCGUCAAAAUACUACAAGAGUAUCAUACGGACAAGAAGUUUAAAGAAAUUUUGGUUUUAAUGGGAAGAAUGAAGAAAACAAGUAAUGUCCAAAUUCACUAAUCAAAUUGUUCAAUAGAAAUAUAUCAAUCUACAAACUUAU